AUGUUAGCCGUUAUUAGUGUGAUUCUAUACAUCGACGAAGCACAGGGUAACAUUCCAUCACCACAUGUCAUCGUUUCGAAUAGACAGUUCGAUCAGCAGAGAGAAAUAGACAUGGAUAGGCUGUCAGAAAGAGUUGGUGCUGCUAUCUCUAAUCGCCAAGAGAGAUUCGGGAACCACUCGCUCCCUCGCCUUCCGUCGGGGAUUCAAGAGGAUUCGAGAUUGGAUGUUGCCUAUCUGCUGAGGGAUGCUGUGGACACGCACCUCCCAGGCUGCCAUAAGUCAUACUCUAGGAGAGUUGUAUUACACGACCCGGCUGACGAAAAAUCCGGAACGAGAUUCACGGAUAUCGCAAGAACCCUUCUGCAGGUAUGGGGAGACGCCCUUGUGCUAUGGGAGGUGGACGCCUUCCUGACGACGCCGCCGCCGCCCUUCUUCACCCUCAGGACCAAACACGUGCGGGCGGACAGGCAAUACUGCGUCGCCUUUGUUAUCCUGGCGAGUCUUCAGACUGUCGCAGAGGUGUUUGCAGAAGUACAGCAGACUUCCUGGUUCCUCGGGACAUCCAAAUACAUCUUGUCGUACACAGCUGAAGUCAUCACCAAGGAGACGUUGGCAGCUGAUCCAAUCCUCGGAACCAGCUACGACUUCGUGGUGGCGACCCGCACCCUCCUCGAAGACAGCGGCCUCCCCCCCUCCGAGGCCUUGGGAGAGGACGCCCCCAGCCUCUUCGCCCUCCUUCAGAACUGCCCCUACUGCGACGCCGGCAAUCCUCGGGUUAAUCUUGUGGAUAAGUGGAGUUCCAGCGAGGGGUUCCUGAGGGGACGCGAGCUCUAUCCCGAUCUGUUUCGGGACUUCAAUGGACAUAAAUUCCGUGCUGUGACCUUAGUCUACGAACCUUUUAGCUGCUACGAGAAAACUGACGACCUAAUUAUCCCAGCGGACAAUUGCGUCGACAAUAACAUGUUGAGGGAAAUCGCUAUAAACCUAAACUUCACCUACGUCUUCGUGGAACCAAGUGACGGCCAGUGGGGACAUCGCCUGGAUAAUGGGAGCUAUACAGGAGUGAUCGGGGCGGUGGAGCGAAGGGAAGCCGAUUUCUCCCUCAACAUCGCCAUCACACAGGACAGAGAAGAGAAGGUGGACUGUACCAUCGGCUACCACGUGGAACCGAUCACCUUUGCGACUUCGAAACCCCGGCCGUUAAACCAAGCGCUGGCUCUCAUUAGGCCGUUUGCCCCCAAUAUGUGGGCAGCCUUCAGCAUAACUCUGGUGGUGACAGGCCCUUUGUAUUUCCUGGUUUGCAAGUUCACCGUCGCCCCCUUCGAGAGAGUCACUCCUCCGACGUUAGUCAAGUCCUACUUGAUCAUCUUCGCGGCUUGCUUCAACCAAGGCGUAAAGUGGCUGCCCGUGUUCUCCAACCGCGUCUUCGGAAUAACGUACGUCAUAACAAUGUUCGUGACGGUCACUGUGUACGUUGCUAUGUUAACGGCAACGCUCACACUCCCGACACUCUCCCCGACACUUAACACUUUAGAGGAACUUGUGAGAUCCGAUUUCUCGUGGGGUAUACAGGACUUGGGCGCCGCAGACUACCAGCUCCUGAAAUCUUCGAAGGUCCCCCUCUACCAGAAAGUGUUCAGGGGCCUCAGUCCUUGUCCCUCGCUGGACGAAUGCAUCACGCUCGCCCGCGACUCGAAGUACGCUUUUAUAACGUGGCGGACUUAUCUGGAGGAUCGGAUAAAAUACAAAACAGCAACAGCCAAGAAUACCAGCUACCACACGUACCAAAAGCGACACAAAACAGACACAAAAUAUAAUCUGCAGUCAUCGUCAUUUCCAGGGAUACCAACAGCAACUCAGGCCAAGUUUACAUCUGCGACCGGUGAGAGGCAGCUGCACGUGGCUACCGGUAAUAUUUUCCCGGUAGAGCUGGGGUGGGCAAUGAACCCCGGUUGCCCUUAUCGCCAUGCGUUUAACAAGAAGAUCAGAGCACUGCUGCAAAGCGGUCUUAUCUCCAAGUGGCUGGCCGACCUGAUCCACGACCCACAACGCCGGGAGCUGGACGGGGAGGCUGGCGUCGUCGCAUCGGAGGGCAUCCAGCCUCUUAGUCUCAAUCAUCUCCAGGGCGUUUUCUUUCUCCUGGGCAUAGGGUUCAGCCUCUCGUGCAUCUCCUUUGCCUGUGAAACCACACUGUGUGCAAAGAAGAAAACGGGAAUAUAGAAAAUGGAAAUGUAGAAAACGGGAAUAUAGAAAA